GGCUGCGCCUGGGCCCAGGUGGAGCCCCGGGUGCAGGCCCACGCCCAGGCCCAUGUGCAGGUGCAGAUGGACGCCCGUGUGUAGGCUCCCCUGCAAGUCCCGGCCUAGGUGCAAGCCCUGGCCCAUGUACAGAUGCAGCCGCAUGUAUAGGUGCACGCCCGCUGUGCAGAUGGGCAAGCAUCUACUCAAAUGAAUAUGGCGGUCGACAGCCAGAUAGAUAUGCCGGUGGAAGGAAUAUCAUGGUCCGAUGUGCUGACGCAAAUUCGGGCGCGUAAUGAUGGGGAUGGUUUAUUUGGAAAAUGGCUCGCCGAUGCUCGCACGCAGAGCAAAUAUCUUAAAGAAUGUAGUGAACGAUAUGAGUAUGGCAUGGCUUCGCAAAUUCAUGACAUGGAGCAGCGUCUACUUCCACGUAAGUCUCAAGUGCCUUAUGGUAUUGUAGGUAAGGUUUCGAACGAUUCCGCAUUGAAAGGAGAAUGCGGUCGCUAUUUGACUGACAAUGAAGGCCUUCGGUGGACUCAGGCUGAGUUGCUUGGGAUGUUGAAGAAGGAGGAGGAAGUGACUGCGCUGAGACGUACAUUCACAAAAAUUGAGGUGAAUGCACAAUCAGUGCUCGAAAGUUUCCUGGAAAGGAAACGAAGUGAAGAGGUGAGAGAUUUGUCUUUGUCUGGUAGUGUGGAUGGGAAGAAGGAGGAGAAUGUUGACGAGGACAUUGCGAGCCAACUUACGUCUUCGAUCCAAUCCUCGAUUAUAAAUGACUUGCUUGACCAAGUUGCUGAACUUAGUACUAAAGUUGAUCCACAUCUGUCCCAAGAGUAUGAGUAUUUGCGUCUACGUUGUGAAUCAGUCGAGUGUGCAUUGAGAAAAUUGUURUCGGCAGGUGCCUUGCCAUCGAUUGAUCCUUCUUUUGCAUCGGAGGUGUUUGAGCUCCCAGUAGCUCGAACUUUAGAAGAGCUUCCGAAAAGUUGUUUGAUUGAUAAUCGGGAUGAGGAAAUGAAUGAUUUGGAUGAUGAUCCACCUGCUGAUAUGAAUGCACUCCCGUCUGUGCCCGUGGCAACACCGAAUGCAGCGGUUGAGAACACCGUGUUUAUUGUUGCGAAUGCUAACACGAUUCGGGCAUUCGACAUUGGUGGUCGAGAACCGUGCAGGUCGCGUAAUGGUAUUGGACUCGCUGUGGCGUCCAGUGGGAUAGCCGCGACUCUUUUGACCGGUGGUCGAACAUUUCACUCGCGAUUUCGAGCACCUUUGAAACCUGAUAACACGCGUUCCUUCAAUAUUCUGAAACAGGGUGAUCUUGCCGAACUUAUCCGGCAUGCGGACUUAAUCGUUUGGGAUGAGGCUCCGAUGAGUAACAAGUUCCACUUGGAAGCUCUUGAUAUUACGCUUCGAGAUCUCUGUAACAGUAACCUCCCGUUUGGAGGAAAGGUUUUGCUUCUUUCUGGGGACUUUCGGCAGGUUUUACCCGUUGUGAAGCAUGAGUCUCGAGUGCAACAAAUUGAUGCCUCUAUCAAAAUGUCUCCUUUGUGGAAACUCUUUGAGGUUCAUUACCUGACUAAGAAUAUGCGGAUCUUAAGCUUAGGGGAUGAUCCAAUGGCGCGAAUGUAUGACGUGUUUUUGAUGCGUAUUGGGAAUGGGGAUCAUAUUCGUGUUGUUCCUAACGAACCUGCCGCGGUUAAACUGCCGCAUGAGAUUUGCACUGAUAAACCUAUUCGUGAUUUGAUUUCCCGGACGUUUGAGGAUGUGUGUGAACACGUUGGGGAUGCUGACUAUUUUUACGCUCGAUUGAUUCUCUGCGCCACCAAUGAUGAUGCGGGGUGUGUUAACGAUAUGGUUCUCAACGAUUUUCCUGGCGAGAUUGUCGGUGAGGAGGACCCCAAUGAGCAGUUUUUGCAUAUCCUCGUGAGAAACGAUCGACUGGACGCGGCGGCUAACAGAUUCGCAGGGUACAGGGAGUUCGCAAACCUCUGCGGUUACACUCGCCGUCAGAGACUGCCGGCGGAAUUCGAGGAGGCGAUGCGUAUGAGGUGGCCUAACCCGCAGAACGAUGGUUACGUCGGCUUCAUUCCUGAUCCACGCGCUCCGGCCGAUAACGAUAACCCUCGCCCUGGGUAAAUGCUAGAGAGAGAGAGAGAGAGAGAGAGAGAGAGAGAGAGAGAGAG